AUGGAUCCAGAUAAGCAUUCGUUCCCGCAUACUCCGUCGGAACCAGCAGUCAAAGAUUCGGCGGCAUCAACAACCAAGGAGCUCUUGAACGCAUACAUUUAUGACUUUCUACUCAAAUCGGGCCUUAAAUCCAGUGCUGCGGCUUUUCUUAGAGAGGCUGAUAUUCCAAUUGUAUCCGAUACGGGGAAAAUUGACAAAUUCUACCUUUUAAAUAAGAAACCAACGGAACUACCAAAACCAGAGAUGUCAAUAGACACUCCCAGUGGAUUUCUAGUGGAGUGGUGGCAAAUGUUUUGGGAAAUAUACAAAUCCAGAAAUGAUCCAGGAUCUUCUACUGAUGUCUCCCAGUAUUAUCAAUUGGUUACUUUAAAACAAAGGCAUGAUUCCUUGAGGAUUAACAACUCACAAUUACCUCAGCAUGUCCAACACCAUCAAAUGCCUCACCAACAUGCAAUGCAACAGAAUGGUCCUUGGAAUCAAAGAAGACCAAUUCACCCUCAACAGCUGGCUCCAGGACAGACCAAUCCUCAGAAUAUCCAACCACAUCUACAACAAUCCCAAUUACAUCUACAACAGUCACAGCAAUUACACACAAACAAACAACCUCAACCUCAUCUCUCCCAACAACCAUCAAUCCAUUCUCCUCAUCAACAACAGUUCCCUAAUUCAGGCUCUCCCACUUCGGCUAUAGCUCCAGCAGGAACUGCAGUGGCUCCUCAUCUUCAACAUCCACCUCAGGUGGACCUACAGCACCCUCUUUCAAGUCAAACUCCGUCAACUACGGGUUUAAGAAACAGUAAGGCAAACUCUCCAAAUGAUUUUGCUAAGAAACCUCAAAAUUCUCGUCCGAUGAAUCUCCAGCCACAACAACAACACCACCUUAAUCAGAAUCAGAAUCACAACCAGCAACCUCAAUCUCAGGUACAACAACAACAACAACAGCUGCAACACCAUCACCAUCAGGGCCAAAUCCAAGGUGAAGGCCAACAGCCGCAACCACAACCGCAAAUACAACCGCAAUCGCAGCCACAACAACCUCAGGUUCAUAAACAGGCAUCCAGUGCCCAAAUACAAAGGGUACAGCAGCUUGAAAAUUCUACAGUCCCAAACUCUGCAACAUCAACCCAUUUUACAGGCUCCCCACAGUCCCAUGUCGUACCUCCAACGAAUAAUUCUAGAAGUUAUAACCUUCCGAAUCAACAACAACAACAACAGAUCAUGCAUCAACAACAACAACAACAACUCGUAUUCGCUCAAAGUGGUUCUCCUAAUAACGUUCCAAGCGGAAUGAAUGGACCCACUGUUAUCAAUGAUCCAAGAAAUCCAAUGCCUCCUCAAAAUAUGAUGGCCAAUCAGCAUAGCCAAAUCGUUCACCCUAAUGCUCCCUAUCCCCCAAAUAUGAUUCAUCCGUCCCAACAGAUGAUGAUGCAACAGCAACAGCACCAGCACCAGCACCAGCAACAACAACCACAACAGUUGCUUCCGCAAUCACAGGCUCUUUCGCAAGCCUCAACACAUGCACAGGUGCAAGCUCAAAUGCAAGCACAGGCACAAGCACAGGCGCAAGCCCAGCUUCAAGCCCAAGCACAAGCACAAGCUCAUGCCCAACUUCAAGCCCAAGCCCAAGCCCAAGCCCAAGCACAAGCCCAAGCACAAGCCCAAGCUCAGGCGCAGGCGCAGGCGCAAGCACAUCUUCAAGUGCAAGCUCAAACUCACUUUCAGACGCAAGCGCAAGUGCAGGCAAAAGUACCACAACAAACAGUUCUAAGAGAAAACAUGAAGAAAGUCUCUUCUCAUAAACGGCAGAGGGUUGACUGUGAUGCUGUAAGCCCAUCCACUGUAAACGUGACGUCAAACUUUUCAAGACCACAUUCACAAGCACCAACACCGGCUAACCCAGAUAUGCAUCCCGUGCAAGGCCAAUUUACAAACCCGCAUCUAGCAUCUCAGCAGAAUCAGAUGAUGACACCGGCUAGUUUGCAAGCAGGUCCUGUUUAUCCCCCUGUCAGCGGGAAUAAAAGGCAGUAUCCUAAUGAAAGCAUGAAGGAGUAUGGCGAAGGGUUACGAAUAUUGGAAAGUGACAACAGGAAACGAUUGGAAAAUCAGUACAACAGUACGUAUACACAACAAGGUAGGAAAAAUGAGCCGGCACCUCAAUUUGCAGAGUUUUCUAAUAUGCUGGGACAACUACAACAGCAACCACCACAACCUUCUGCCAAUAAAAACUCACCGCUAGGAACUAGCAAUUCCCCGUCGGUUAAAUCACCGUUGAACAAGAGGACCAGUGUAAGCGGAACAACACCAUUAUCAAAUGGUUUGAAUAGCAAUGUUCAAAAUGGUGGUAAUUUGUUAUCAGUUUCCAUAGCACAGUCUACUUCGAAUAAGAAAAAGCAAGCGAGAAAGAAGACUUCUAGUUCCGUUCCUGUAACACCCGCAACACCAAAUGCUCCACCCACUCCUCAAAAUGCCAAAGCUUCCACUCCGACUGCACAGGGAACUACCAUCUCUAGACGCGGGAGAAAGAAAACACAGGGAUCCACUGCUUCGACUCCACACAUAAAGGAUGAAUUGACAAGUGUCACCGAAGGUGUGACCACUGACCUAAACGAUGUAGACAAUGGCAAAAAUCACAACGAUACAAAAUUAGGUAAAAAACACGGGAAUGUUAAAAAGGAAGAUCAUUCACAGCCAUCACAACCACAAAGACCAAAUGAUCCUUCGAAUCCUGGAUUUGAUGACCCUCAAUUGUUAGGUGACUUCAAUAAUUCGGAACAAUUUUUUGACUUUGGUCUGUAUACUGGCGAAGAAGGUUCUGAAAUGUUACAGGAUUUUUUCCAAUGA